ACCCCACACAUGUGCCCAGUGGUGUGCAUGAGCUGUGCUCGAAUCAUUCUCUCCGUAGAGGUAGAGGCGAUUCGGACCACCCUAAUUACUCAUCCAGACUUCCCUUCCAUAAGUAUGGCCUUUUUGGUAGUGUAGAUCAUUGCUGAGUCACACAAGGAAGGGGCAUUGGACUGGAAAAACGAUGGAAUUGCAAAUGAAACCAGGGCCGCAACACCGACAGGAACAGAAACUGCAACUGCCGGAGCAGCCCCAGCAACAGAAGCCGCAAAGGCCCUCCUCCUCUUUUUCCCAGUCAAUACCAGUCAAUGGUGUCAAAGUAGCUGAGGAGAAGUGGGUGAUCUCGAUUCGGGAGAGGCUUGAACAAGCCCAUCUCGCUUCUUCAAGGUCGAAGCUCUGCAUUUACAGAGUCCCCGAAUACCUCCGAGGGAACGACAACAAGGCCUUCAUCCCCCAAGUCGUCUCCCUGGGUCCUUACCAUCACAAACGCAACGAGAGCCUCCGCGACAUGGAAGAGCACAAACUGCGCUCCCUCGAUCGGAUUCUCAAGCGAACCAGUCAAGAUGUCAAGCUCUACCUUGAUUCCAUCAGUGAGGUCGAAGUCCAAGCUCGCAACUGCUACGUAGGUCCAAUCUCUCACACCAGCCACGAGUUCGUAUAUAUGAUGGUUCUCGAUGGUUGCUUCAUGCUCGAGAUCUUCCAAGGUGCUGUGGAUGGCUUCGAGCAACUGGGCUACCCACGGAAUGACCCAAUCUUCGCAUGGCGCAGCGUUAUGCACACCAUCCGCCAGGAUAUGGUUAUGCUCGAGAACCAGAUCCCACUCUUCAUCCUCGAUCGCCUUCUCGAACUCCAGUUCGGUGUCAAUGAAGGACCAGGCGAGAGACCCCAAGCAGCCCAGCUCGCACUCAGGUUCCUCGACUCUCUCAUGUCGGCGGACGAGACAUUGCGGAAUAGAAAUUGGAAGAAGCGGACCAAAUACGCAAACACAGACCUCGACGGCCUCCAUUGCCUCGACUUAUUACGCCGAAAGCCCAAGGACUUGCGUACGAAUUGGAUGAGAUGGAAGCCGCAGCCGUUGGAUGCGAUGGAUGAGCAGCGGCAGCGGCAGCGGCAGCGGCAGCGGCAGCAACUGGUCCGCUGCGCAACAGAGUUGAGGGUGGCAGGGGUGAAGUUCAAGAAGAGGAAUACAGAGCGAUUCUGGGACGUGAAGUUCAAAAAUGGAACCCUUUGCAUCCCAAGGUUGUUGGUCCAUGAUGGGACCAAAUCGCUCUUACUGAACAUGAAAGCUUACGAGCACUGUCACAUCGAUUGUGGUAACGAAGUCACUUCUUACUUGAUCUUGAUGGACAAUCUGAUAAACUCGGAUGAAGACGUGAAGUACCUCCAUAGACGAAAGAUCCUGGAGAACUGGUUGGGUAGUAAUGCGGAAGUAGCUGAGUUCUUCAACAGCUUGUGUCAACAGGUAGCGUUCGAUUUCCAGGACAGUUAUAUCUCUAAGAUGUCAGCGGACGUGAACAAUUACCGCGAUAAGAGGACGAACGAAUGGCUGGCCAUCUUUUCGAAGAACCAUUGCAGGAACCCAUGGACCAUCAUCUCACUUUUUGCUGGGGUCGUCUUCUUGUUGCUCACUUCCGUGCAGACCUUUUACACCGUCUAUGGCUACUAUCGGCCCAGUUAGUUAAGCGUCACGGAAUUGGGGGUUCACAGUUGGGAUUUGGCAGAAGUGAUCCAUCGUUUCCACUAGAAGCGAUUAUGGUUUUAGUCAAACAAAUAUGAACCGAAUCGAUCAGCACCAUUUAAAUCGAAACCAAACCGAUUAACAGCCUUACUUUUCAUCAUACUUGCGAGAGGUGAAUUAUGUAGCUGAUAAGCUUGCUGCCUUUUCAGUGAAUCACUCUUGUCCUGUAUGUUAGGAUUCUUCCCCUCCCCCUUCUUGUUGCCCCUUUUGUCUUUGGACUAUCGUGGAUGUCCUAUUCCACUCUCUGUAAACGCUGCAAAUUCAUCUCCUGAUUAAUGAUAGUUCUUUUAUCGAAAAAAACAAAAAAAAAAAAACCAUGUGCUUG